CUGCCACUAAAGCUAAUGAGAGAUGCAUUACUGGCCGACCUCCAGUCAACGACUGCUCAGAUCAACCAGUACCAACAUCAAUCUCCUCCUCCCCAGUCUCCGCAACCUCAACUAGAUCAACGGCAACAGUUUCAACAACAUAAUCACCAGACGCAGCAUCAGUACAGCGGCCAACAGAAUCAUCACGACGCAGCAUAUGAUCACCAACAGAUUCCAGUAUCCAACUCGUACGACCAUCAACAGGUGCCACAAUCACCCGGGUACAACAACCGGCAGGUGCCACAAUCACCAGGGUAUGAUAAUCGCCAGUUUCCACAGUCACCUGGGUACGAUAAUCGCCAGGUGCAACAGUCAGUAGGAUACGAUAAUCGCCAGGUGCAACAAUCACCAGGAUACGAUAAUCGCCAGGUUCAGUAUUCACCUGGCUACGAGCACCAACAGCAGGCAGUGAGACAGCACAGUUAUCAGAGCCAGAGUAGCCAUCAUUCUGCUGGACAUCGGAGCGAGACCCCACCCCCUCUCCCUCCGCCCCCUCCCCAGGAGGUCCUUGACAGUAUACCCCCGCCACGUCAGUUUGAUGAACCAUUAUAUGAAGGACAGAGUGUGACAGUGAUACGUGAUCGAACACCAAGCUCCGGAACCUCACGAAGUUCAGACCCAUAUUUCGACAACAAAUCCCCUGCGUCGCCUCCAGCACCAAAACAGAUGUCUACAUUGACCAACAACCUGUCCGAGCUGGACCAGCUCCUACAGGACCUCAACUCUGCCCAGUUUAUGGCCGAGGUGGACAAACCGAAUCAACAUAUUGUAAAUGGAGGCGGAGGAGGUGGAGGAGGUGGAGGAAAUGGGGGUAAGGCCCGACCACCUCCACCUGUAGCUCCAAAACCAGCCCUGUAACGGAACAGAAACACUGUGGAUAAUCUUUUGGACCAAUUAGAAAGUGCACUGCCAGAGAGGGCCAACAACUAUAGAGGCCCUGAGCCUGGUGACAAUGACAACUAUGAGUAUACCCCAGACCAGCAGACAGCCCAAACACACAUGAUGAAUAAUGUACAGGCACAUCAAGUCAACAAUGUACAACGCUACAACCAAAACAAUAUGGUGGCCUCACACCAACAGUUACCUCCCCCUUCCACAGCCACCAGGGAGCUGGAUGACCUCAUGGCCACAUUGUCCGAAUUCAAGGUAUCUAAUGCACAACAACGACAGCAGCAGAUGUCGAUGCCCCAUGCCCGCUCUCCCUCUCCACACAGCGAGCCUUCCUAUGCCAAACCACAAAAGAGUCGGAAUGCUUCCCAGGGAUCUGCCCCUCCUACUCCCGCCCCCCAGCCUACAGGUUAUGGAGGACAACUGGAAAGCAUGCUCGGUGACCUUGAGAGUGACAUGAACAGACAAGGGGUCAGUACAACCUCCAAGGGCACAUGUGGAGCCUGUAACCAACAGGUGGUAGGACAGGUAAUAACAGCCCUAGGAAAGGUGUGGCACAUAGAACACUUCAUCUGCUCUCACUGUAACCUGCCUCUAGGAACCAAGAACUUCUACGAAAGAGACGGCGGGGCUUAUUGUGAGGAGGACUAUCAUCGCCUGUUUGCCCCCAAAUGUGCCUAUUGUAAUGGCCCCAUUGUAGAUAAAUGUGUGACGGCCAUUGGUAAGACCUGGCACCCUGAACACUUUUUCUGUGCCCAGUGUGGACGACCGUUUGGAGAAGAAGGUUUCCAUGAAAAGGACAACAAUGCUUAUUGCAGACAAGAUUACCUGGAAAUGUUUGCUCCGCGGUGUGGAGGGUGUGGAAACCCAAUCCUUGAUAACUACAUCUCUGCCCUCAGUCGACACUGGCACCCAGAGUGCUUUGUAUGCAGGGAAUGUCACAUGUCAUUUGGAGGGCGGAGCUUCUUUGACCACGAGGGUCAGCCCUACUGCGAGACCCACUACCACUUAAAGCGUGGCUCGUUGUGUGCCAGCUGUCAGAAGCCCAUCACUGGACGCUGUAUUACGGCCAUGUUCAAGAAAUUUCACCCAGAGCAUUUCGUGUGUGCAUUUUGUUUAAAACAGCUCAAUAAGGGAACAUUCAAGGAGCAGAACGACAAGCCAUACUGUCAUCCAUGUUUUGUUAAACUGUUUGGCUGAUUUUUUUAAUUGAAAGGUGUUAAUGAUUAAUAGAAUGUAUUUAAAAAUUAAAUAUUUAGAAUUUCACUUUGAAUUCAAACAGAGUAAUAGAUUGUUUACUCUUUGGUGAUUUGAGAAUUAUAGUGAUAUUUAACAGUCUUCCAGCAGCUACUGUUGUUCUUCUGCCCAGAAUUAUUUCUUCUGCUGGACCCAAGUUAAGUCCACCCCUGACCCUUCACUCCCAGUCAAGUCCACCCCUAGACCCUUCACUCCCAGUCAAGUCCACCCCUGGACCCUUCACUCCCAGUCAAGUCCACCCCUAGACCCUUCACUCCGAGUCAAGUCCACCCCUUACACCCUUCACUCCCAGUCAAGUCUACCCCUUGACCCUUCACUCCCAGUCAAGUCCAACCCUGGACCCUUCAAUCCCAGUCAAGUCCACCCCUGGACCCUUCACUCCCAGUCAAGUCCAACCCUGGACCCUUCACUCCCAGUCAAGUCCAACCCUGGACCCUUCACUCCCAGUCAAGUCCAACCCUGGACCCUUCACUCCCAGUCAAGUCCAACCCUGGACCCUUCACUCCCGAUCAAGUCCAACCCUGGACCCUUCACUCCCAGUCAAGUCCACCCCUGGACCCUUCACUCCCAGUCAAGUCCACCCCUGGACCCUUCACUCCCAGUCAAGUCCAACCCUGGACCCUUCACUCCCAGUCAAGUCCAACCCUGGACCCUUCACUCCCAGUCAAGUCCACCCCUGGACCCUUCACUCCCAGUCAAGUCCAACCCUGGACCCUUCACUCCCAGUCAAGUCCACCCCUGGACCCUUCACUCCCAGUCAAGUCCAACCCUGGACCCUUCACUCCCAGUCAAGUCCAACCCUGGACCCUUCACUCCCAGUCAAGUCUACCCCUGGACCCUUCACUCCCAGUCAAGUCCAACCCUGGACCCUUCACUCCCGAUCAUGUCCACCCCUGGACCCUUCACUCCCAGUCAAGUCUACCCCUGGACCCUUCACUCCCAGUCAAGUCCAACCCUGGACCCUUCACUCCCGAUCAUGUCCACCCCUGGACCCUUCACUCCCAGUCAAGUCUACCCCUGGACCCUUCACUCCCAGUCAAGUCCAACCCUGGACCCUUCACUCCCGAUCAUGUCCACCCCUGGACCCUUCACUCCCGAUAAAGUCCAACCCUGGACCCUUCACUCUAAGUCAUGUCCACCUCAGGACCGUUUACUCCCAGUCAAGUCCACCUCGGAAGCCUUUGCUUCGAGUCAUAUCCAGUCCAGAGCAUCUGCUCCAAGUCCUGUUAUCGGUAGUGCCUCUGUUCCAUGUCAAGUCCUUAGCAGUGUAGGAACAGGAACAUCUGAAGUGAUGGAAAUACUUUCACCGAAUGUCUGGACAAGUGGAGAAAGCAUGAGUUUUUACAAUACUCUCAGUCUUGUGACCAUUAACCUCUGUCACAGCUAUUUUCUGGAAUAUUAUUAUGAAACUUGUGAAAUUUCCAUUCAUAUCUUCUAUAGGCACUUGUUUAUUAUUGUGUUAUUAAUAAAUGGAAUUGGUAGAGGAGCAUCAGUAAUGAUUUGUUUAACAAAAACUGAUGUAGGUACCCAAGUUUGUAACAACAUAUUGUAGCAUACAGGGGUAAAUGGGUGUAAGGUGAACAGAUUUCAGAACUUGGAUUUAAUUGAAGAAUAUUUCACCUGGUUUCGUAUUUUCUAGUAAACCAUUUCCGGUUUAAUUAUUUAAAUUAUUAUUUAAUACUGUAACAUUUAAAGCAUUACAUUUUUUUUCUUUUCUAUACUAUAGUUUUGCAUGUGGGGGAUCAACCUUGUCUCCCCUACCAGUCUACAUAGACUGUCCCUAUCACUGAUUUAGACAGCCUAUGUUGAUAAUGCAGGGGAAACAAGGUUUAUCUGAUUAUUAUGUAUUUUAAUGUGAUAAUUUAUUUCUGUAUGUGGAAUUGAUUACUUUUUGUAACUGUUAUGAUUUCGUGAUAAUGCUGAUUAUCUCACUCAUUGUCCCUUUGUGGAGUCAACUUUACAUCCUGUAAUAUCCCGAUAAAAGAAAUGAAUUUGGCAACUUCUUCAGGAUCAACAGAUAUAGUGUCACAUUUGAAACUAGUGAGCUGUUUUCCUGAAGUAAAAACUUUCAAAUCUAUAGCAGUAUACACCAGUACUCGAUGUCUAUUGACUGUUGUAUCGUAGACUUUUCAUUAUGAUGGAGAAGAGAUCAUGUUUGUAUGGUGUACUUGAUUUGUUGGUUUCUUAUUACAAUUGAACACAAAGUCUGUUAUAUUUUGUUUAUACACAAACCACAAUGUUUAUAUUUGACAUUGUGUUAUUCUCGUCUUGUUUGAUUUGUGCCUUGUUUGUGACAGUGACAAAGGAUUCCAUGUCAACAUGUAAAGUCUGUUUACUGCUGACACCAAAACAAGAGGAGUCAAAUGAUUGUACUCUCAUAAAAACAAAAUAUAUACUGAUGAACUUUUUAUCAGAAAUUGAAAAUUCCUUUCAAAAUCAAUGUCCAUAUUCAAUGUCCAUAUCAAUGUUUUAUAUGAUAUCACUGAUGGACUUUCUACAGUUGAAUUAAACUAUCUUAUCCUGGUGUAAAACUUUUAAUGUUUCCUUUUGUGUUGCCAUGGUAACCUUUGUCCCAUGUGUCACCUGAUAACAUUUGUUUUCUUAUUUUCGUUCUUGACGAAUAUAAAGAUGCAAAUGAAGAGUUAUAUAAAUCAUGUUCUUCAAUAUUUACUGGAUGGUCUUUCUUGUGCAGAAAUUUUAUUUUCAUAAAAAAAAUGUUUAUAGAUUUGAUUUACAAGGGAAAAUGUUGAUGGUAUGGGGUGGGAAACAGAAUGUCCAUAAGCCUAUUAUAAGCAGGAAAGAUGGCACCAUUUAAAGAUGGGGGGAAAUGAUACACCCCAGGAAGAUUGAAAAAUAAAUGGGAUAUGCUUUUGUUGUGGGACUGGUGCCCCAUAUCACAGAAUUUCUACUACAAAUAUACACAAUGCUUACUGUAUAUGCCUGGAUUUAUAUGGUAUCAUGAUAUUUAAACUUCUAUGUGAAAUGUAUUUUUGUUACAAUGUAUUUAAUAAUACAAUAAGAAAAAUAUUGUAAAAAAACUUUCCAAAGACUAAAGUAUAUAUCCUGGAUGGAAUUGUACUGUAUGUACUGCUGUUGUAUAUAUAUAUUGUAUAUCACUAGACACAUGUAAACCUUCGCUCUUUCUGUAUACUCAUCAUGUGAGCCUUUCAGCAGAGCUCUUUCUGUACUCAUCAUGUGAGCCUUUCAGCAGAGCUCUUUCUGUAUACUCAUCAUGUGAGCCUUUCAGCAGAGCUCUUUCUGUAUACUCAUCAUGUGAGCCUUUCAGCAGAGCUCUUUCUGUAUACUCAUCAUGUGAGCCUUUCAGCAGAGCUCUUUCUGUAUACUCAUCAUGUGAGCCUUUCGGCAGAGCUGUUGCAAUAUGCUUGAAAUAUAUCACAAAAUUUUA